AUGAAGUUUGAGGCACUCGAUGCUUCGAGGUCGAAUUUCCACCUAAACGGCUUGGUCAAAGGGAAUCGGGUUCGGGAGGACCUGCCGGUGGUGGAGCCUGCAGCUUGUGCAGAUCCUGACUUCGGCGAGGGUGCAUCAAGCACUUGCAGGAAUCGAAGCAUGGGAGAGGAGUGUUGGGCUUAUUGCCUGCCGGGCUUUUCGGGUAUCUUGAUUGCAGGCACCCUGUGCAACCGAGGCGAUGGAGUCCGCACUGGCGAGACGUGCCUGGCAACAUGCACCGAGGCUGCCGAUGCCCCCACUGCCGACGUGCUCAUUCUCACUCCGAUUCCUACCUCCUUGGGGUUCCCCAUCCACCGUCAGACAGGGUCGCCCUAUCACAACGCUUGCGGUUGGACUGUGGGCUAUGACUACUCGGCGGGAUGGGCCGCGGAGACCUUCACUUGCUUGCCCACGGGCAGCGUGACGGGUCAAUCUCCCACCUGCUUCUUGGCGUUUUGCAGGUCUUGGAUGGAGAAUCCGCGUGGCCGGACACCUCGGACAGGCUUGCGGUACCAGGACACCUGCGACGUGGGCUGUGGCCAAGGCUACACGCUUUCGGGCUCCAGCAGUCGGCGGCAAUGUGAGGCGGACGGAAGCUUUUCGGGUGGCUUGCCCACCUGUGUGGGCAACCCUUGCAACAUGGGUUUGCCCAACAAUCCCACGGUGAACGCUUCAGGUUGUAACGGCCUCACUACCGGCGAGUCCUGCGAGGUGACCUGUCUACCAGGUUUUUUGCUUGGCAAUUCUUCCUUGACCUGUCAUCCAUCAGGUUACCUGUUGGGAGUGGUUCCGACCUGUACGCCAUCGCCAUGCCCUGACAUUGCUUUGCCGGCCUCUUUGCAGAGCACUUGCUCAGGCAGCACCUAUGGCAGCAAGUGUGCUGUAAUGUGUGCUCCCGGGCUGGUGGGUGGGGAGACUCAUGAAACGCUUUUGGGGCCCGGUGGGAGAGGGGAGACAUGCUUGCAGAACUGUGCCUUUGGAUAUAGCACGAGCGCGGCAAGUGCAGCGCUGUGGACCUGCCAUGAGGAUGGUUCUGCUUCGGGCAGCCCUGCCACGUGCCAAGCCAUCGCGUGUCCAAGUGUGACAAUGUCCGAUGGUUUGGCCCACACCUGCGAUGGCAUUGGCUUUGGUGCGGCGUGUUUCGCUUUCUGUGAUGCUGGCUAUGAGUCGACGGGCGCACGGAGUGAGAGCUGGCAAUGCACAGGCAGCAGCGCUGGCCCCACAGUGCCAGGCGCCAUGGAGAUGCAAGGCGUAGGCCUCCGAGGCCUGGCGCUGAGCUGCUCGCCGCUGCCAUGCAUCUUCAACCUGCCGCUCGGGGCGCAGUAUGCGCACAACUGCAGCAAUGUGACCACAGGCAGGUGA